AUGGACAUCACCGGCAACGCACUCAUAUUCGGCGGAGGAGGCGGCAUUGGUCGAGCUACCGCUUUGGCUUUCGCCGAGGCGGGUGCCGCAGGGCUGCUGAUUGCGGACCUCGACCUCGAGGCGGCAAAGACCACCGCGAGUGAGGCCACGGCUGCCUCCAAGCAGCGCGGGUUCCGCGUCGAGGCCGUGGCCGUGGAUGUCACCUACCAAGAGUCGGUCGAGUCGGUCGUCAAGCAGAUGGUCGACUCGUUCGGGCGCAUCGAUUACUGCGUCACUUGUGCUGGUGUUCCAGUUCGGACUCCCGCCCCAAUCGCCGACCAGCUCGUGGACGAGUUCAUCAACACCCAGAACGUCAACGUGAACGGGACCUUCUUCGUCCUCCGCGCCGUCCUGGGCAUCAUGCGGCACCAGGAGUCCAAGCCAAACUUCCCGAACGCACCCACCAGAGGCAGCACACGAGGCAGCGUGGUCGCCAUGGGAUCGGCAUUGUCCAUCAACGCGGGUCCCUACUUCACGCAGUACACGACGUCAAAGCACGCGGUCUUGGGACUGGUAAAGACGGCUGCUCUCGACAGCGUCAAAGAACACAUCCGCGUCAACUGCGUCUGUCCCACCUGGGUCGAGUCCAACAUGACUCAGCAGCUGAGACAGAUCGAGGGAAUGGGGGGCGACGCGAUGGCGGCCUCGGUGCCGAUGGGCCGUUUGGGCGCCGCAGAGGAGGUCGCUGAUGCGGUGCUGUUCCUCUGUAGCCCCAGGGCGAGCCUCAUCACGGGCUCUUCGCUCGUUGCAGACGGGGGUCAGACGGUCAAGAUUGGCUAG